AUGCCAAUCGUGAAGCAUUUACGACGUAGCAUUCACUUAAUCCAACUUUCCCAUGCCCGCAAUGUGCAGGAGACGGUGUUGACAUGGGGUAGAUACGUCGAGGACCCGCAGCUAGUUCUCCCCACAUCCGUUCAGCGACCCAUCGAAGGCUUAGCCGUUUACACUGAUGGGUUACUAUGUACUGUCACUACGGACUGUGGUUAUGUGUGUCGAACCCGAGAGAGUAUCCGAAAGCAUUGGCGCUAUGAGCAUGGCUGGUCCGUUGGAGUUGGUGGUCGUGUCCCAGAGCGGGAAUUGCCCACUGUUCAGCAGGCGCUCCAGGAGGCCAUGGGGCGCGUUGUGUGCCAGCGAUUUUUUAACGUUGCCGCCGGAUCGCAUUACAUCCAUGUUCGACAGCCGCCCAGCCCAUACACGCCUGAAGAGCCACCUACUCCCAUCGACGUGACUACCCGCAUUGCGCGACAGCUAGACCAAUUACAGCUAGAUUCGCAGAGCAACGGUCGUACGACCAUCCAGGCCGGCGAGGUUGACGAAGCGAAUUCAUGGCUUCGUCGGGCGCUGUGGGCCGAAUGUCUACAGGAUAUUGAGCCCGGUAAGCUGCUCGAUACCAUCGCGGCCCCGGCCGGCGAUGCAGACGGCAUCGAGGCCGUAGCUUUUACGAUCUGGAUCGCUAUGGGAGAGGUCGCCCAGAUCAGUCAGGAGAUCACCAAGGCCACCGGCAAUGCCAUCCGUAGUGACGCUGCGCGCAUCGAGAAGGGCCAGAGUGUCGGCAAGCCAUUACAGGCAUACAUGGACCCGGCCAGCAUCCAGAAGCAUGUCGAGCCAUGGCGGCAGAUUUUGAUGUUUUUCGUCCGGACCCAAGCACCGCACGAUUGGGUCAGCCCCACGUACCAGUUCACACGCCGCCAGCGUCGUGCGUGGGAACAGUUCUGGUCUGUCGCCCAGCUGGAGACCGACGCCCGUCGUGGCCGUAAUCGCGACGCUGACGAUGAGGAUCCACCCGAUGAUCCGUGGACAUUGAUCCGUGGACAUUGA